GGGAAAAGAACAAGCUGGCCUCUCUUUUGUCGCCCUUCCGGCAACCCGAUUGUUGCCUCCCGCUCUCACUGCCGGCGAUCCCCCCGCCAGCCCGCCAUGCCCUGCCCGCCCCCGUAGUGCCACCGUGUCCUUGACACCACCGCCUGACUUUGAUCGCUCUGCCCUCUCUGUUGUUCUCGAGCAUUCGACUUCGCUCUCCCUCCCACUGCGAGUGUGACAGUCUCACACUCACACACGCACACAUACACAGUAUUCCACGAUCGAAGGUAUAUUCCCUCUUUUCGUGGCAAACAAUACCCCACAGUCAUGGAUUCUACGUUUUCUACCACCUUCGACUCGAUAUCUUUCGCCUCUGGGGCCGAUGUUCCUCAGCUCACAAUCUCUCCGGCCGAAACUACCUUGAAACUCGACGAUUUAACGCCGGAGCCCAAGGAGCAGCCGCCCAAGCCAGAGGAAAAGAAGCCUGUCAAAAAGAGAAAGUCAUGGGGUCAAGAGCUGCCCAUCCCCAAGACCAAUCUGCCACCAAGGAAACGGGCCAAGACCGAAGAUGAGAAGGAGCAGCGCAGAAUCGAGCGCGUUCUCCGCAACCGAGCCGCCGCCCAGAUCUCAAGGGAACGCAAGAGACUGGAGAUCGAGAAGCUGGAAACCGAGAAGGCCAAGAUGGAACAGCAGAAUCGAUUCCUCCUCCAACGCCUGGCGCAGAUGGAAGCGGAGAACAACCGCCUGAGCCAACAGGUCGCCAAACUAUCGACCGAAAUCCGCAGCUCCCGCGGUGCUUCCCCACAGUCCGUAUCGGCACCUUCCCCCACCCUCGCUCCCGUCCUCUUCAAACAGGAAGACGACGAGCUACCCCUUGAAAAAGUCCCAAUCGCCUCCCCGCCCACCACCAUCUACUCCCCCAGCGCGGCCGUCAUCGAUUCGAUAGAUGCCUCCGAUCUGACACAACAUCCUGCAGCGAUGUUGUGCGACCUGCAGUGUCAAUCGGAGGAAUCGAAGAAUCUGACGGUCUCUCUCAAUCAAUAUUCGACUCCGCAUCCGACCUUUGCUCUGAUGCUCCAGGUCAUCAUGCAGCACCUCUUUCUGAUGAUGACUUCCGCCGCCUAUUCGACGGUGAUUCUUCCGCUAAGCCAGAUCUUUCAUUCCUUGAAGAAGGGUUCUCCUUUGACCUUUUCCCAGGAGGAGAUCUGUCAACACUUGCCUUUGAUUCUAUGGUUGAUUUCGACCCCGACCCUGUCAAAGUCGAACACCUCGAUCCAGCGAUCGGUCUUCCGGAUCCAGCUUCUCACCCGACUCCUAGCGUGCAGCCCAGCUUUGGCGCGUCCACUAAGAGAUGCGACGAGCAGGGCAUUGCAGCUGGCAGUGCGUGAUUUGCCACGAUCCACUAGCAAUCGAUCAAUGGUCCAAGGUGGCCGGCCUAGCCAGGAUUGGGAGUUGUUGAUGACUACGGUCUGGGCAAUUGAUCGAAUCGGAAGAUCGCAUGGCUACCACUAUUCUAAACCGUCCCGAGCAUUGCACCGAGCAGCUCGAUCGGCACAUCAUGCCAGGGCGAAACAAUUAUUUCUACGUCGUUCGCGGAGUUCCAGGAGUACGGUGGACUACGAUGGGUAUAGCCAUUUCUAGCGUUAUUUGUAUCAUUGAGCCCCUUUUUUUCGGAGGAUUGGUUGCCUUCUUGAUGUCUACCCUUUUGUGCCAUUCAAUGUACAUGU